AUGCCUCAGGCGCAACCCGAACUCAAGAAAUACAUGGAGAAGCGCCUCUUUGUCCAACUGAACGGAAAUCGGAAAGUGAUUGGCGUUCUGAGAGGAUACGAUGUUUUCCUGAACAUUGUCCUCGACGAAGCCGUAGAAGAGAAAGCAGGCGGUGAAAGAGAAAGACUAGGUAUGGUGGUCAUUCGAGGUAACUCGGUGGUUAUGCUCGAGGCUCUGGAGCGCAUGAGCGACGACCGACGAUGA